AAGCAGAACAGACCCAGCUACUAUCGCAAUUGGUGUUUAUGGGAGAACCACCCCUUAAGCAGAGCCUGGAACGGUGACCAAGGUAAAUGGACAACGGUAAACCGCGUCUUCAUUUAUCUGAAACGUAAUAAAGCCCUUUUUUUUUCUUUUUUUUUUUUAAAUAUAGUCGUUGACAUUCAAAGAGCUGACAUUCUGAGCCUCAAGUCGGUAGAUUAUCAUGUCUCUGUCAGACCUUUAUACACCCUCUUUGCUACAAUCUUACCCAAAUGCAUGAUGGGGGUCUGCCACAACUUCUGGCCCCAGCGCCCCCCACCUGACGCCCAUGAUGCCCAGCCCCUCAUCGCUAAACAAUGUACUGAUGAUAGCCAGCAGGGGGCAGACAGGAUACAGCUCAAAAAGAGACGUUGGUGUCACAUCAGCUGCCUGUUUCUGUUCCUGGUCGUGAUGAUGAUUGUGGUCAUCCUGGUAAUUGACCUCAAAGACCGGAUCUCACCUUCAACAACGAAUCCGGCAGCAAACAUGUCAGUUAGGAUUCUGGCCACUCCUCCUCCGUAUGUGUCCCCAGGACCGUACCAUGUAGAAUACCCAUCAGAGUACAUCUUCAUCCUGGAUGAGCCAGAGAAAUGCCGGGAGCAGAACCCCUUCCUGGUUCUGAUGGUGCCAGUGGCGCCCUAUAACAGGGACGCUCGUGACGCCGUCCGCAGUACUUGGGGCAGUGAGAGGCAGGUACUGGGCAAAGAGGUCCGUCUGUUCUUCCUGCUGGGACUGCCCAGUGGAGAGGAGACAGAGCAGCUCCAGGAGAAGGUGCUGCAGGAGAGCAAAGAGCACCAGGAUCUGCUGCAGAGCGACUUCAUAGACGGCUACAAAAACCUGACCAUCAAGACCAUGGUGAUGAUGGAGUGGCUGAGCUCUCGCUGCCCCAACGCCUCCUACGCCAUGAAGAUCGACUCAGACAUGUUCCUCAACGUGAACACCUUGGUCAACAUGCUGCUUCACGCUCCAAAGCAGAACUACAUGACUGGACUAGUGGCCCGACGGGGCGCCGUUCUAAGAGACCGUAACUCCAAAUGGUAUCUUCCAAUGGAGGUGUUUCCUGAACCGGUAUAUCCACCUUACGCUCUGGGCCUGGGCUAUGUCUUCACCUUAGACCUCCCCAGGAAGCUGGUGGAGGCGUCCAGGCAUGUUAAAGCCGUCUACAUAGAGGAUGUGUAUCUGGGACUGUGUAUGAAACACCUGGGCAUCCGGCCUACUGACCCCCCGAGUGACAACCUCUUCCAAGGGUAUGCAGGAGCCCAGAACCGCUGUCACUACAUGGCUGUUAUCACGACCAUCCUCGACACUCCUCAAAAGCUUCUGGAAGUAUGGAGAAACUUACACCAACCUGGGCCUGUCUGUCAGUGAAAACAACACUCUGGGAAAGACAAAUAGCCUUGAGGUUAGAGCGUUUGGCCAAUAACCCAAAAAGGUUGAUGGUUCCAAUGCCGGAGCUGACAAAAUGGCAAAUCUGUCACUGUGCCCUUGAGCAAGCACUUAACCCCAGUGCUCCAUGGGUGCUGGACAUUGGUGUCCCUGACCGUGACCUCCCUGUGGGUGUCUUGUUUGUUUCUGUGGAUGUGGUAGAGAAGGAUCACCUUAUCUCUGUGUUUCUGUGGAUGUGGUAAAGGAUCACCUUAUCUCUGUGUUUCUGUGGAUGUGGUAGAGAAGGAUCACCUUACCUCUGUGUUUCUGUGGAUGUGGUAGAGAAGGAUCACCUUACCUCUGUGUUUCUGUGGAUGUGGUAGAGAAGGAUCACCUUAUCUCUGUGUUUCUGUGGAUGUGGUAGAGAAGGAUCACCUUUUCUCUGUGUUUCUGUGGAUGUGGUAGAGAAGGAUCACCUUAUCUCUGUGUUUCUGUGGAUGUGGUAAAGGAUCACCUUACCUCUGUG